CACAGACUCACUUAAGCUCUUUUCUUCGUCUCCACUCUCACACACACUGCUAAAAUCAACCUUUAAAGAACUUUACUUUCUCCAUUGCUUAGAUCUCCAGUUUUUGUUUCUCUUUUGUGUGUGUGUUAUUUUCACAGCAAUUUUCUCUCAUUUUCUUUGAAUGAAGGAUCUAUCUGAAGUUAUUAAAUCUCUGCAAAUGUGAAUAAAUUAUAUUCUCUCUCUGAUCCAAUCAUUUUUCUCCUCUUUUUUUGGUAAAAAUCGUGUUGUAAAAGCUUCUUUGAUUCGCUCCUUUAUUACUUGCAUAAAAAGGACGUUGACGCAGGUUGACGUGAAUGUAACUAAGAAACGUGAGCUUCCGGCGGGAUUGGAUCGGGUUUUUUAGUGUCUCUUCGAUCUCUAGUGAAGCGAGAGAAAUGAAGGCGUCAGGGCUUGGUUGGGCUGUCCUGUUGGUGCUAUUGGGGCUUGUGGUUAAGGGAAAAGCUGAGAUUUACAUAGUGACUGUAGAAGGUGAGCCUAUUAUUAGCUACAAAGGUGGUGAAAAUGGCUUUGAAGCUACCGCUGUAGAGUCAGAUGAGAAGCUUGACACUACUAGUGAAUUGGUAACGUCCUAUGCUAGUCAUCUUGAAAAGAAACAUGAUAUGCUUCUUGGUAUGCUGUUUGAGCAUGGGAGUUACAAGAAACUCUACAGUUAUAAACACCUGAUAAACGGCUUUUCAGUUCACCUUUCCCCCCAACAGGCAGAAACUCUAAAACGUGCUCCUGGUGUAAAGUCUGUGGAGAGAGAUUGGAAGGUGAGGAAACUUACAACACACACUCCACAAUUUCUGGGCCUCCCAACUGGUGUAUGGCCGGCAGGAGGUGGCUUUGACAGGGCAGGAGAAGACAUUGUGAUAGGAUUUGUAGACUCAGGAAUUUAUCCACAUCAUCCAAGCUUUGCAGCCCAUCACGAUGACCCAUAUGGACCUGUUCCAAAGUACAGAGGAAAAUGCGAAAUUGACCCUGAUACCAAGAGGGACUUCUGUAAUGGCAAGAUCAUUGGAGCCCAAUAUUUUGCUGAAGCUGCAAAAGCAGCUGGUGCCUUUAAUCCUACGAUUGAUUUUGCCUCUCCCAUGGAUGGCGAUGGACAUGGAAGUCAUACAGCAGCUAUUGCCGCUGGGAAUAAUGGUAUUCCUGUUAGAUUGCAUGGGCAUGAAUUUGGAAAAGCAAGUGGAAUGGCUCCUCGUGCCAGGAUUGCUGUCUACAAGGCAAUAUACAGGCUUUUUGGAGGGUUUGUCGCAGAUGUGGUAGCUGCAAUUGACCAGGCUGUUCAUGAUGGUGUGGAUAUUCUCAGUCUCUCUGUGGGACCAAAUAGUCCUCCAACAAACACGAAGACCACAUUUUUAAAUCCUUUUGAUGCUACACUUCUUGCAGCUGUCAAAGCUGGUGUUUUUGUUGCACAGGCAGCUGGAAAUGGAGGUCCUUUCCCUAAAACUUUGGUUUCUUAUAGCCCGUGGAUAGCAUCUGUUGCAGCUGCAAUUGAUGAUCGUAGAUACAAAAACCAUCUGAACUUGGGAAAUGGAAAAGCUUUAGCUGGACUUGGAUUGUCCCCUUCUACUCAUCCAAAUCAAACCUACACCAUGGUUGCUGCUAAUGAUGUGCUACUAGAUUCCUCAGCGACAAAGUUUAGUCCCUCGGACUGCCAAAGGCCAGAAGUUUUAAACAAGAAAUUGGUUGAGGGGAACAUUCUUCUUUGUGGCUAUUCCUUCAACUUUGUUGUUGGUACUGCAUCAAUUAAGAAAGUCUCUGAAACAGCCAAGGCUCUUGGUGCAGUUGGUUUUGUUCUUGCAGUGGAAAAUGUUUCUCCUGGAACCAAGUUUGAUCCUGUUCCUGUUGGCAUACCCGGAAUCCUAAUCACAGAUGUCUCAAAGACAAUGGAUCUUAUUGACUACUAUAAUGUUUCUACACCGAGAGACUGGACUGGACGAGUGAAGAGCUUCAAAGCUAUUGGUAGCAUCGGGGAUGGUUUGAUGCCAAUUCUCCAUAAAUCUGCACCAGAGGUUGCACUAUUUUCUGCUCGAGGGCCUAACAUAAGAGAUUUCAGCUUUCAAGAUGCAGAUCUUCUCAAGCCUGACAUUUUGGCACCUGGUUCUCUAAUUUGGGCUGCUUGGUCUCCAAAUGGAACAGAUGAGCCUAAUUUCGUUGGAGAAGGAUUUGCUUUGAUAUCUGGAACCAGUAUGGCUGCACCACAUAUAGCAGGGAUAGCUGCUCUUUUGAAGCAGAAACACCCUCAAUGGAGCCCCGCUGCUAUAAAAUCAGCCUUGAUGACUACAUCAACAAAGCUCGACCGAGCAGGAAGGCCUCUUCAAGCACAACAGUAUUCUGAAACAGAGGCCAUGAAACUUGUCCCUGCCACUCCUUUUGAUUAUGGGAGUGGUCAUGUUAAUCCGAGAGCUGCUUUGGAUCCCGGACUCAUCUUUGAUGCAGGUUAUGAGGAUUAUGUUGGAUUCUUGUGCACCACACCUGGUAUUGACAUUCACGAGAUAAAGAAGUACACAAACUCCCCCUGCAAUAGCACCAUUGGCCGCCCUUCGAAUCUCAACACCCCAUCAAUCACAAUCUCUCAUCUUGUCGGGACUCAAACCGUCACUCGCACCGUUACAAACGUUGCUGAGGAAGAAACCUACGUCAUCACAGCUAGAAUGCAUCCAUCCGUUGCCAUCGAAACCAGGCCUUCAGCCAUGACUUUGAGACCCGGCGCAUCAAGAAAGUUCUCUGUCACGCUUACCGCUCGAUCAGUAACCGGAAGCUACUGCUUCGGAGAGAUCACAAUGAAAGGUAGCAGAGGGCACAAGGUAACUAUACCAGUGGUGGCUAUGGGACACUGGCGAUAGACUAAAUCGUUAAGCAGAACUAGGGAGCAUUCUCAUCUGCAAUUCGUUUUACUACAACCUUACAAUUAUUCAAUCACAACACUGAAUUAUUCGGUCCUCGGUUCAUUCAAACAUGGAUUUCAGAUAAUAUUUUCACGGAUCUUUAUACAAUUCAGGAUUGUGAUUGGUUAAUUGUGUUGUAGUAAUUGUAGAUGAAAUGGUCCUCGUACUAUUAUUCUUUGUAAUUUGUGGUAAUAAGAUAUGGGUUUUAGAUUAUAUAUAUGUCUGAAAUAUAUAGAUGUGGAAUAGUAGUUUGUAAAGGUAAAUGCUAUAACGUGGGGAGACUUGUAGCAUCUUCCUUCUAUAAGUUUUGCUACUAAUUUUCUUUGCUAAUUCCAUAAAAAAAUGCUUCCUUUA